AUGCAACAGCCGUUUCGCUCCGUCAAUUCCCAUCGGGAUGGGUCAUAUGAGUUGCCACCAGUACAGUCGGUAACCGGCGGAUACACUGCUGGCGUCGGGUUACCGUCCGCGCCGCCGAGUCGACCUGACAGUGGAAUGCGCAUGGCCCAUCUAUUACAACCCAUGCCGCCACUGCAGCAGCCGCAGCAUUCCGGGGCACAUACUUCACCCCGAGCUCAAGCAUCACGGCCACUGCCACCACCGUCGCAGAGCAAUGCCUCCGGGUUGACCCCGGCGCCCUCAACCUCGCCUUACACCCGAUUCUACGAAUCGGCCUCGGGAUCCCCCGCCGAGAGUGGAGGUUUGCCAGAUGCGCCGUCGAUGGGCACGGUCUCGGGAGGUCCGGCCAUGUAUCAGACCAGCCCCGUGGGUCUCCAGCAGUCAACACCGACGCCGUUGCAGCAAAAGAGAGCCUACCGACAGCGGAGAAAAGAUCCCAGUUGCGACGCUUGCCGGGAGCGGAAAGUCAAAUGUGAUGCCACCGAGACCUCCCAUUGCACCGAGUGCAUCAAUCGGAAAGUUCGAUGCCUAUUCACCAAAGAGACAAACCGCCGCAUGUCGUCAAUCAAGCAGGUCCAGGAUCUGGAAAAGCAACUGCAAACCACCAAACAACAGCUCCAACAAUUACGAUCGGGCAUGUUACGACCCGAUGGGAUGAUGGACAUUGACGAUGUGUCGACGACACCGAUGAUCAAGUUGCCCGAGAUUGACUACAAACCGCCGCGGCGACCCAAAGCACUCAUCACCCACGAUCUGACCUCGGUCAGGUCGAAUUUGCGGGAUCUUGAAAGCCCCCAUCCGCAUCAAGUGUCGGGCGCAAUAUCCAGAGUCCCGGCCGACGUGGCACCAGACUUGCCCCCGAAGGAAGUGGCCGAUCGUCUUCUUACGCAGUACUACCGGUGUCUGCAUCCAAACUUACCAGUUCUAUACUGGCCGGAAUUCCUUGCAGCAUACGAGGACCUCUAUCGGCAAGGCUCCGUGAUUGGUGCGUCCAGUGAGUGGGCGGCGGUGCUGUUUGGUGUAUUUGCCUGUGGCGUCCUCCAUGGUGUCGAACCGAACCGCGAAGAAAAAGGCAAGGAGUAUGUUCGCAUUUCGUGUGGGAUCAUUGAUGUCUGGCAAGACAAUUUCAAUCUGGAUCGUGUUCGUGCAGCUCUCCUGCUGAGCAUUUUUCUCUACGAAGUCAAUUCCAAAUCGGCCAGUUGGGUUUGGAUUGGUUCGGCGGUUCGUGUGGCACAGGAGAUUGGGUUGCAUAUCGAGUCGGGACCGUGGUCGGAUGUCGAAUGUGAGAUGCGCAAACGUAUAUGGUGGGGGCUAUAUACAUACGAUCGCCUCCUCGCCCUCGAAAUGGGGAAACCUGUCGUCAUCAACGACCAAGAUUGUGACAUUGACCUCCCCUUCUCAGGCGAUGACCAACCUCUUGCUUCGGGCAAUGGGUUAGACCAGCAAUCCCCCACACAGUCUCCAUUGCUCGCCACCAUCCACGUUGUCCGCUCGAUAGGCCAGCUCACACGUACCCUGCGCUCCACCACGAUCAGCUAUGCAACACUAGAGACCUUCGAACGCCACUUCACCAUCUGCCGCACCACUUUUCCCGCCCACCUUCAGCUCAAACAAGAUACCGAUCUCGACCCGCGCUCCCUGGCACCUCUCAUAUACCUUCAAAACGCCCGCCUGCUUCUCCAUCGACAUAACAUAUCCCCCUUUUGCCAGUCCAGCGUCCGCGUUGCCGCUGUAGAUUACUGCACAUCAAUAGCAGUCGAUACCGCCCAGAUCUUGUCCCGAUGCAUGCGUCCCCAGGCCGGCGCCGAGGACUGGCGCGGUCCUUUUGUCUCAAGCGCCGGCACUCUCUUGUGCACACACAUUUGGCGCUGUACCCUGUUCCUCCUGUUCCGAGAAGAGUUCAGCGCCGCUCUCGCUUGUGUCCAAGCCAGCGCUGCCGUCGGCGACGAUCGCUCCGUGAACGCCGCCUGCGGCCGCUACCUCGCAUUCUUCCUUCGAUGCCUUCUCGACCGCGCCCACCGACACCCGGGGGCCGAUCUCUGCCAGGACGAAGAAAUGAUGGCCUACCUGUCUGGUGAUAUGCAGGGCACAACCGACGGCAGCUGGGUUUGGCAGGGCAGCGAGUCCGGAUCCGAGCUGGAAAAAAUUUCCGGAUCCACGAGGCCACGGGCCCCAGUGCCUGAACAACGAUGGGAAGGAUGGGAGUGGGUCGAGCGGACCGUGGCCCGUCUUCAGACUGAACGGCAGCAUCGCGAUUAUGAGCGUCGGGAUGUUGUGAUUGAUUCGAGGCCGGAUCAUUCUUCGACCCUGCUUGCUCCGCAGGCUGCGGGGUCGGAUACGACGAGUGAACGGCGAUCUAGCUCUGCACAUUCGCGUAUGACCAUCGCCAGCAUUAUCUAA